AUGGACCAGAAUUACAACGCCUCGUCCGUCGUGGAGGUGCAGCCGGUCCCGCAGCCGCCGCUCAAAUUCUCGCGAUACCGAUCUGUGAGAAAAGCCGCGGCCGCCAGCGCUGCUCCGCCGCUCCCUCCGCUGCCCGCCGCCUCUGCACACGACCUCUCCGGCCUCGCCAAAACCCAGAGUAAUCAUAAUAAUAAUAAUGAAUCGAUCCAACGGAGCAUGUCCAGGUACCGACACGCCAAACCCGCCAGGAUCAUAACCUCCAUUCCGCCUCCGCCCGUACCCCAGAUUCCAGUCUCCCCACACCAGACCAAGUCGCGCAUCGAGGACUGGGUCGAGAGUACGAGGGUGAGCCAGGAUAUCCCGCGACUCGACGACCUUUCUCUGGAGCAGCAAGACCGCAACGACCUCCGCUCGCCGUCGUUGCGUGGUAUCCCCAGCCAGAGUCUCUCCCAGCCAUCCAGCCCAAGAUUCCGCGGUUUCUCCAGGAUUCUGGGCAGAGCUUCCUUCGACCGGCGUCGAGAGAAGGAGGACUGUAUCUCGCCAACAUCUCUCGGACAUCAUCACCACCGCCUGUCGUACUCCGCAGGACACGACGCUAACACGCAGUCCAAGAGUCUUCGCCGGCGGCCUGAAAAUAUUGCUACUCCUCAGUCUCCAUUGCAGCAGGAAAACACAACAGACGAAGAAACUCCCCUAAUGGACGUGAAACAACUCACACUCAAUGAGCAGCUAGCAAACGAAAGAGCCGCCGCCUUGCACAAUGGCCAUAGCUCCAACAAGAAGCUAGUGAAAGGAAGAGGCGGGUUUUUAUCGCUCUUCAAAGGUAUUGAUACCAGUGGCUCAUCCAGAGCUCAAAGAGACGCAAGAGAGGGACUGAAGAACAAGAUCUCCUCCCCCACGUUGAUUGAGCCAAAGGACCUGCCGAGCGUGCUACCUGAUGACACGCCUGUGUCCGCUGUCAACGCUGGCGAAAGAAAAGUGCUGGUCACCUGCAAUGAGGCCUUUGUCACACUGCCAAUCACCCCAUCUACAAAAGCUCAGGAACUCCUACACUCUGCCUUCGCCUGCCUGAAGGAAAACAUUGACCCCAAAACUGCUGUCUUGGUGGAGAGCUUCAAGCAACUUGGCUUGGAGAGGCCUUUACGCAGAUACGAACAUGUUCGGGAUGUCAUGAACUCGUGGGAUAGUGAUGAGCAAAAUCACUUUGAGAUCGUCCCGUCUUCGGAGGGGGAGGAGGACGACGAGGCCCUGGAUAUCCGAUUCGCGCCACGAAAACAACCUAAAGACGCUACGUUCCACAUAUACCACUCCCAUCGCGCAGGGAAAUGGGACAAGCGAUAUAUAACCCUACGAUCGGAUGGCCGCGUGUUGAUGGCGAAAAAGCCCGGCGCGGAGCCCACGAGUAUAUGCCACAUGUCCGACUUCGACAUCUACCGCCUGAAGAGCCGGGAAUACCGUCGAGUCAAGCCGCCCAAACGGUAUUGCUACGUGAUUAAAAGCCAGCAAAAGGCAAACUUAUUCGUUGCAGGCGGCAAUUUUGCCCACUCCUUCUCCAUUGGCGACACAGAAACUGCUCAGGCCUGGUAUAGGAGCGUGCAAGAAUGGCGCAGUUGGUAUCUGGUCAGCAUCAUGGGUGACUCAAGUGAUUGCUCCCCUGAUCUCCAUGCCAGCGCGGGUGUCAGGACCUCGUUCCAUUCGAACCGCUUCUCGAUUGAUUCGAUCCCAUGCCAACCUAAUGGUUUCAGGCCCAUGAAUUCCGCCGCUCAAGCAGUGCCCUCGAAGCCACCGACACCUCCUGAUGAAGCGCAUCCGCAAACAAGAAGACCGCUUAUUUUGGGCGCGACAUCCAAUAACGAUUACUUCAACACUCCUCUCCCUACGGCGCCGUCUUCUCCCAAACGAUCUCUGAUGCACAUGGAACGGAAGCCCACGGUGAAGCGAGAACGCAGCCAAACGGUCUCGAGCCGACAUCAGCAGCAACAGCCGCCUGCCGAAUCCGAACCAUUUGAGCCAACCGGCCUGCUAGGCCGCACGUAUACCCUUCGCCAGCAUGCCAUGCGCGAGCGGGAGCGCGAGAAGGAAGAAGAGGCCGAGCAACUCAACCCGUUCACGGCACACGGCCUGCUGAGCCAUCUGGACAUGCCCACGCGUUCCGCCGAGCGGCCCAUACACACGUCGAGCGGCCCACCCAGCCGCGCAAGCACCGUCCGCUCGCCACCCGGCCACCGCCCCAGAUCCUCCAUCCAACAACAACAACUCCCCAAACCGCUCGUCGACCUGACGCCCACCUACCAAGAGGCGCCGCAGCACACUCGCAAAGGCCGUGGCAUCACCGCGCCCUCGGGCACACCGCUCAUCGACAUCGCCACGGGCCCGGACCUGUGCCCCGGCGCGAUUGCCGUGCCCAGCGCGACCACCUGGCGCAAGCCGAUGCAGCGCAGCGGCACGAUGUCGUCGCAGACCACCCGCGUGCCCGAGCCGACGACCUUCGCGCCGCCCGUGCCGCGCGACCGCCAGCGCUCCUACACCAUGCGCGGCACGACGUCCUCCUACCCGCGGCCCCUGUCGGCCAAUUCCCCCGCCUCGCUCGAGUCGCCGUUCAUCCCCACGGGCCUGCUGGCGCAGGCCAAAGUCGGCCAUGCGCAGGGCUCCGCGGAGACUGGCCGCGGCGUGGCGACGGGCAGCAGGCACGGGAGCCGCCCGCUGCUGGACAUGACGGAACCGAGUUGCUUUGCGGACGGGAGCCUGUUGCGCACGGUGGAGCAGACAGGGGCCGGAGAGGAUUGUCGGCCUGUGAUCGAUAGAGAGAAACGGGACUAA